AUGUCACAGCGCAAGUCCACGUUCCUCUCACGAGAGGUCUUGACUUCACAAGAAGCCAAAUGGAAAAGACUAGUCAAGACAAACUAUAUCGAUCCUAACGGAGUCAAGAGAGACUGGGAGUCUGCUGAGCGCCAGACAAGACCAACAGACUCCCCAGUGGAUGGAGUCAACAUUGUCGCUUUUCUGAAUAAGACGAACGGAUCCGAGAUCCUUUUGGAAAAACAAUACCGGCCUCCAAUUGACAGAGUCGUCAUAGAACUCCCUGCAGGAUUGAUCGACGCAGGGGAGACAAUCGAGCAGACUGCAGUUCGAGAGCUGAAAGAAGAGACUGGGUACAUCGGCGUCGCGGAUAAAACUACUGGUAUCAUGUACAAUGAUCCCGGCUUCUGCAAUGCCAAUUUCAAUAUGGUUUACGUUCAGGUCGACAUGUCUCUUCCGGAAAAUCAGAAUCCAAAGCCUUGUCUCGAGGAUAAUGAGUUUAUCGAGUGUUUCACGCUUCCGGUGUCGGAGCUGUCGGCUGAGUUGCAAAGGCUGGAGAGUGAAGGGUAUGCGAUUGACGCCCGGGUGGGAUCCAUUGCAGAGGGAAUUGAGAUUGCAAAGAGGUUGAAGAUUUGA